GGCAGCAUCUAUGGAAAUGAAUAAACAGUCGACGUUUCGGGCUGAGACUCUUCUUCAGGACUGGAAGGGAAUGGGGAAGACGAUAGUAGAUAUGUAGACAGUAGUUUAUGGUAGUUACAGUAGUAGAUACAGUAUUAGCUCCCUUGAAUAUCUACAAGAAAAUUAAUCUCAAAGUGGUAAUAUAUACGUAAUUUGAUAAUAAAUUUACUUUGAACUUUCAUACAUCUAUCGUACAUCUGUCGUUUUAUUUUAUGCAUGGACAAACAGAUGCAGACAGCGGCCGCUCAGAUUUCUAAAUACGGAGCCGGGAAGAGAAAGGAAAGCAUGUAUGAGUGAAGCAAUGAAAACUGGAGCGCCCGGCGUGCGGAGGGGCUGGCGGUAAGGGGACGCCACCACAGCCCAGACAAGAUCCCACAGACUGCCGGGCUCCCGACCGUGUCUGUGGCGGCAGCGCAGCUGAAGCCAAGACUCUGGAACAGGAGCCGCGCAGGAUCCUGUCUCUUUAAAUCGGUGUCAAAGCGGAUUACAGCUGAUCUGACACGUGAUUCCGCCUUAGCACGGCUCGGCUCGGCUCUGGCCAGGCUCCCACAGUCAGCCUGGGACCCGGCGCUGGGUCGCUCCGCCCGCCCCGAGGACUCACUCUCUUAGUGCAAGUCUUUGAGUGGAGACACGAGCUGGCGGACAGCGGCUUCCUGACCCCAGCGGCGGCAGGGAUGGAAAAGGCAGUAGUUCUCACCUGAGGAAGCAGAUCUUUCCCCUCCCUUCCCCCCCCACCCCCAUUCCCCCUUUCCCGAGCCCUGCCACACUCUGGUGCCCCAGUGGACGGAAGAUGCAGAAGAGCAUCAGGUACAACGAGGGACACGCCGUGUACCUGGCCCUGAUCGCCCGGAAGGAAGGCACCAAGCGCGGUUACCUGAGCAAGCGGACGUCCGAGAACAACAAGUGGCACGAUAAGUGGUUCGCCCUCUACCAGAAUGUGCUCUUCUACUUUGAACACGAGCAAAGCAGCAGGCCCUCGGGCAUUUAUCUGAUCGAAGGAUGCACGUGUGAGAGGGUCGCCUCCCCCAAGCCCCCGACCAUGGGCAAGGAGACGCCGGAGAAACAGCAUUACUUCACCAUAAAUUUUGGCCACGAAGGUAAUAAACCGUUGGAACUCCGGAUUGAGGAAGAGGCGGACUGUGAGACCUGGGUGGAUGCCAUUCAGCAGGCCAGUUACUGCGAUAUUUUAAUUGAGCGAGAGAUUCUGAUGCAGAAGUACAUACACUUGGUUCAGAUCGCGGAAACAGAGAAAAUUGCAGCCCACCAACUCCGACAGCAACUUGAAGAUCAAGACACUGAAAUUGAGAGAUUGAAGGCUGAGAUUGUUGCUGUGAAAAAGACUAAGGAACGGAUGCGGCCAUACCAAGGAUAUCCUGAGGAAGAAGACCCGGAUAUUAAAAAGAUUAAAAAGGUUCAGAGUUUCAUGAGAGGCUGGCUGUGUCGAAGAAAAUGGAAGACGAUUGUUCAGGAUUACAUCUGCUCCCCGCACGCAGAGAGCAUGAGGAAACGGAAUCAGAUAGUCUUCAAUAUGGUCGAGGCAGAGGCUGAAUACGUACAGCAGCUCUACGUCCUCAUCAACUGUUUCCUGCGGCCCCUGAGGAUGGCUGCCAGCUCAAAGAAGCCGCCCAUAAGUCACGACGACGUCAGCAGCAUCUUCCUCAACAGUGAGACAAUCAUGUUUCUCCAUGAGAUAUUUUACCAAGGACUGAAAGCACGGAUUGCAAAUUGGCCCACCCUAGUGUUGGCUGACCUGUUUGACAUAUUGCUACCAAUGCUGAAUAUCUACCAGGAAUUUGUCAGAAACCACCAGUACAGUCUGCAGGUAUUAGCAAACUGUAAGCAGAACAGGGACUUUGACAAGCUGUUGAAACAGUAUGAAUCAAACCCGGCGUGUGAGGGGCGGAUGUUGGAGACCUUCCUCACAUACCCCAUGUUUCAGAUCCCACGUUAUAUAAUAACACUACAUGAGCUACUUGCGCAUACACCGCACGAGCACGUGGAAAGAAAAAGCCUGGAAUUUGCAAAGUCAAAAUUGGAGAACCUGUCACGGGUAAUGCACGAUGAGGUGAGUGACACGGAAAACAUACGGAAAAAUCUCGCCAUAGAGCGAACCAUUGUGGAAGGAUGUGACAUUUUGCUGGAUACAAGCCAGACAUUCGUACGCCAGGGUUCCCUCAUUCAACUGCCUUCUGUGGAGAGAGGAAAGCUGGCCAAAGUUCGCCUAGGUUCCCUGUCUUUGAAGAAAGAAGGAGAAAGACAAUGUUUCUUAUUCACUAAACAUUUCCUAAUCUGCACAAGAAGUUCGGGAGGAAAGCUGCAUCUACUGAAGGCUGGAGGAGUACUUUCCCUGAUAGACUGCACGUUAAUAGAAGAACCUGACUCAAAUGAAGAUGAUUUAAAAGGGUCUAGUCAUGUCUUUGGACAUCUAGACUUCAAAAUUGUGGUGGAGCCUGCAGAUACCCCACCCUUCACAGUUGUGCUGUUAGCUCCAUCUAGACAAGAGAAAGCUGCGUGGACAAGUGACGUAAGUCAGUGUAUAGACAACAUACGGUGCAAUGGCUUGAUGACCAAUGUCUUUGAGGAAUAUUCAAAAGUAACAGUGCCUCAUAUGAUAAGAUCUGACGUCAGACUUCACAGUGACGACUCUGACAUCUGCUUCAGUAAGACGCUGAACUCCUGCAAAGUUCCGCAGAUUCGCUACGCCAGCGUGGAGCGGCUGCUGGAGAGACUUACGGACCUGCGUUUCCUCAGCAUUGACUUCCUCAACACCUUUCUUCACACCUACCGAAUCUUCACCACAGCCCUGGUGGUCCUGCAGAAACUAACGGACAUCUACAGAAAGCCUUUCACCUCCAUCCCCGUCAGAUCACUGGAACUGUUUUUUGCAUCAAAUCAAAGCAACCGAUUGGAACACAUGAAUGACGGGAAAUCCCCGCGACUGUCCCGUAAGUUUUCAUCGCCUCCUCCACUGUCGUUGUCUCGAACCAGCUCGCCUGUCCGGACGCGGAAACUGUCGCUCAGCUCCCCUGUGAACUCCAGAGCAGGCGCUCUUGACCUUUCCACAUCGUCCACGACGGGAGCAACCUUUGUUCACAGCACAACAAUCUCUCCACCUCCCGUGGCAAGCAAAGUACCUUUGGAUCUGAGCAGAGGUCUGUCAUCCUCAGACCAGUGUCCUCUGUCGACAGAAGAGAAUUCAGAGCGGCCCUGCAUUGAUAUCUGUAACAAGCUGAGAAGAAGCAUCAGGAGAGUUCACUCUGGUGCGAUGGGACCGGGCUGCAGGGAGAUGGACAACGUACGGUGCUCCGUGUCUCCUGCCUCAGCAUUCGCCAUUGCCACGGCAGCAGCAGGACACGGGAGUCCGCCACCCGAAAACAAUGCAGUGCAGGAGAAGUUCAGGCGCGUUUCCAUGGGAGGAUUUAGCAAUUCAGAGCGCAUGUGUGACAAAGAGUUUCUUAUUCGCAGGGCAGCUACAAAUCGUGUUUUGAAUGUUCUUCGACACUGGGUGUCCAAGCACUCUCAGGAUUUCGAGAUGAAUAGCGAACUGAAGUCAAAUGUUAUAAAUUUGUUAGAGGAAGUGAUGCGAGAUCAUGAGUUGCUGCCCCAAGAGAGGAAAGCCACAGCCAACAUCUUGAGUGCCCUGUCACAAGAUGAACUGGAUGUUCAGCUGCGGAUGGAAGCAUUACUACAGAUGACAGAUGGACCAAGGAUGGAGUCCUUCGAGAGUCUGUCAGUCAUGGAAAUGGCCGAACAGUUGACCCUCCUUGAUCACAUUGUUUUCAGAAGCAUCCCAUACGAAGAGUUCCUUGGUCAGGGAUGGAUGAAGGUUGAUAAAACUGAACGAACGCCAUACAUCAUGAAGACCAGCCAGCAUUUUAAUGAUAUGAGUAACCUCGUUGCUUCUCAAAUCAUGAUGCACGCUGAUGUAAGUUCACGCACGGUUUCAAUUGAGAAAUGGAUAGCAGUGGGGGAUGUUUGUCGAUGUAUGCACAACUACAACGGUGUCCUAGAGAUCACGUCGGCCCUGAACCGAAGCGCAAUCUACCGACUGAAGAAAACCUGGGCAAAAGUCUCUAAACAGACCAAAGCACAAAUGGAGAAGCUUCAGAAAACUGUCUCGUCAGAAGGAAGAUUUAAAAACCUACGGGAAACACUGAAAAAUUGUAAUCCACCUUGUGUUCCAUACCUUGGCAUGUAUUUGACUGACCUUGCGUUUAUAGAAGAGGGUACACCGAAUUUUACUGAUGAAGGUCUUGUAAACUUUUCCAAAAUGAGAAUGAUUUCGCACAUUAUUAGGGAGAUACGACAGUUCCAACAAACCCCAUAUAGAAUAGAUCACCAACCAAAGGUCCUUCAGUACUUACUUGACAAAACGAUUAUAAUGGAUGAAGAUACACUGUAUGAGCUCUCCUUAAAAAUUGAACCCAGGCUCCCUGCAUGAGAGUUGGCAGUUUUUGUGGCUGCAGUGAGGUGUAGCAGCUUAGUGUAACAAUCCAGUGUGUACGUGACAUGUCCUGGAAUGUGACUGACCUCCGCAGGGGAAACGUGAGGAGACUACCGAAGGAAACGGUGGGGAGUCGUGAGAAGAUGGUUCGCUGUCGCAUAUUGGAAGGUGAUGAACCACUGCUUGGGGAGAAUGGUAUUCAGAACACUGGUGCAGAAUGGAAAAAGGAAUAAAGUUCAAUGAAAGUUAACAUUUCUAAAUUUUAAAAAACGCAGAAGUCACAUCACAGUGUGUAAAACUGAUCCUGGGCAUUGAGACAAAUGGAGCUUGGACAAUCAAUGUGAAGCGAGUUAGUUUCUCUCUGGGAGCUAUUGUGGUAGUAAGCAGCCUAAUUGGUUUUGGGAUUUAUCAGAUUUGUGUGGUGCAGGGGUAUUGUGUUACCUGUCAAUCUACGAGUCAUGAAAAUUGAAGGAGGUUCAAACCCUCUCAGCAAAAUUCAUUUCUAAUCAACUUUCUGGAAGAAUCCAUUAUCAGCGUCACGGAGCAAAGCGUGAGUGAUGGAGAAAUAGCGCAGCAGUUCUUAGGGGCUUAAGGAAAUAAGCCCUUCAGACUCAAAUUGAAAGGAUUCAGAUAUCCACGCGAAGGAACCACAUGAUUCUAACGACACGAGCUUAAGAAAUACCUGGCUCCUAUAACUUCACAGCUUCCUCUUACACUUGUGGCCAUUCCUAAAAUUACAGGCAAUGCCAAAAUAGCAGCAUGGGAUAUGACAACCUGUCCAAUCUUUAACAGGCCUCUGCUUUGUACUCUGCAAUGUUCCCUAUUAACUUCCUAAGUGGAAUGUUGAAUGGUUUUAAUAUUUAACAAUGUCUUGUCUAAGUUGUGUGAAGCACUGUGCUGGGUUGCUUUCUUGUACUUCUCUCUAUCCGAUGCCCUUUAAGUUUUCCAGUAAUCCGGAAUUAAGGCUGCCAACAUCAGUGAAAAAGUCAAAAUGAAUAAUCGCUUAUUGACUCCUAUAAUAAUAUUUUUAAAACACAUUCCUAGAAUUAUCAUUAUUACUUGAAAUUUUUUCAUGUGUUUUUUUUCCUCAAAAUGGUUUUUUGGUAACUGGUCCUGAGUGUAGCAAACUUUUCUGAAGACUGGCUUCCAAAGAAGCCCAUCUUAGAAGAUGAUUUAUAGAGUGACUUAAUUCAAUGAGCAUUGACUGACAGUGUUCUGACUUCAAAAUUGUCAGUGGAAAUACAAUUAGAGGGAUGCCUUUACUGCAGCAGUUAAUAACUUCUUCCCCGCUGAAGCUAGUUAGUUUCAUAUGUAGCAUUAACAGAAAAUGUUUCACCUUGUUAAGCUGUAUCAACAUAAUUCACAGAGACAACACACAAGUUCCUUGCAGACAGCAGCGGAAUUGAACUCACGUUGCUGGUACUGUAAUAGUAUUAAUGCUAACUACUACACUGCCAGGCCUCCUUUUCAUUAAAAGAGAUAAUUACUGAGGUGAAUUUACCUUCAGAUCUGGUGGUUUCUCACCUAAUCAUGACAGAGAAGUCAAACUAUUGUCAGAAGGGAAGGACAGAUGAGAGUUGGGUGGGAUACAAGGACGGCGUGUUUGUGUGCAUGCAUGUGCAAGCACGUGUGUAGGAGCUCGGAAGAGUUGUUUGGGGAAUGGGUCUCUACAAGUACCAACAGUUCCGGUAGCUAUCUUAGAAUAAUAUACAAGUUGAGACGAGGCUGUCUUUUGCCCCACGAGGUCUCAGCAAAAUAAGAAAAUUGUGAAGUGAAAAUAUGAAAAGAGAGAUAUACAGUAUAUUUUAAACAUCUCAUAUAAAAUGUUUUGCAAAAUUAUUUAUUGAUAGAAUAUUGUGCGAUAUAAAAACAGAUAUUGGCACAAAUGAGAAACAACGAAUUUAAUAUUAUUUAUUUCAUAAAGCUGUUCCUUUUUAAAGGUUUAGACUGAAUGGUUUCUUUACAAACUCAAGAACGGAAGCAAGCUUAUUAGCUUCCAACUCUUUCGGAAAUAUCUUGACUUUUAUUCACACUCAACAUAAAGGUUCUAUCCAAUCGACACUCAUAAAAGAGUCACCUUUUCUUUAAGUUACACUGUGAAAUCGAAUCUAUUGAAAAUCACAAAUCUUUUCCAAUGAAACAUGUUUAUUCUUUCUGUUGUCUCCAGUAAACUGGCAGAAAUUUAAUUGUUAGAGUGUCACUUUUAUCUAAAAAGCCAAAAUGAAACCAAUGUUCCUGUGGUUGGUCAGUGUUAUGUUGUGUCAGUCUCCGCUUUUGUAGUCAGUACCUAUGUAAACUCAAGGUAAAAUAUUUAUUUGUUAGGAACAUAUUUUUCAAGAUUCUCUUUGGAAUGUGUUGUGAGAAUUUUUUAGAUGCAUUAUGAAAUACAGUACAUAAAAGCUUACUUCAAACUGCAUUGCAUGAUCAAGAGAAAAUAUUCCAAGAACUGCGGAAAUCCUUCAAACCCAAACUCUUUAGAAAGUGAAAUCCUCCCAAGCUGUCUGUAAUUGGUGGUGUUUUAACAGUAAAUGUUGAGUAAUUGGUAUGCUUCCAUGCUGUUGUACAGCAAGCUAAAGUCAAACAUUAGAUAUCCACAUCGUGAAAGCUGUUCAAAUUAACAUAUUUUUGAUGAUCCGCGAAUAAACUUUGGAAGUUCCAAAAUGGUCUGUGAUAGAAAGGGAUGGUGUUGACGAAGAUCUGAUGACUGGAAUUCAUUUCACCUCAACGGUCUCUCGUCUACAGUGAAAACUGCAAAUAUCGUCAUUUUUGAUAGUUAUGAUGGAAAUGCAAACUGCUGAAUUUUUUUCCAGCAUGUACCAGCAAGACUUUGGCCAUUCGGUUCAUCGAGUCUGUUCCGUCAUUCCAUCAUGGCUGAUUAUAACCCUUCUCAUUUCCAUUCUUCUGCCUUCUCCCCGUAACCUUUAACACCCUUAAUAAUCAAGAAUUUAUCAGUCUCUACUUUAAGUGACUUGACCUCCAUAGCCAUCUGUUAUAAUGAAUUCCACAGAUUCACCACCCUCUGGCUAAAGAAAAUCCUCCUCAUUUCUGUUCUAAAGGGACAUUACUAUGAGCAUGACCUUUAACCUGUUAGAGUAUAAUGAUUUUGUUAAUGAAUGAACACAAGUUAGUUGUUAGACUCUAAGGAGUCACUAAGUUCUGGUACUUUACUGCCCCUGUACAAUAUUUUAAUGCACCGUACAGUAAGAUUAAAUACCAGGCUUAAAAAUAUAUCAGUGCAUGUCUUGAUAGAUUGUACUAUACUUUGAACUGUACAUUAAAUGUAAGUUGAAUUGUACAAAUUACAGCAUGAAAUUGUACAGACAAUUGAUCCUUACAUAUAAAAUAAAUACUUGCCUUUUGCUGGG